AUGAACGCCCCAUCGCAAUCCAUUCGCGACGUCUUUGACGGUUUUCGCCAGGAGCUGGAUGAUUACAAUGACAGAAGAGAACGCUUGAUCAAGUCCAGCCGCGACAUCACCAACUUGUCCAAGAAGGUUAUUUUCCUCCUCCAUCGUCUGGUACUUGAAGAGGACGAGCCUGUCUCAGGAUAUGAGAAGGCCGUGAAACAGGCGCUUCCCAGGCUCCGUGAAAUUCAAGAGAUUUUCUUCAGGCUUAAGGGCGAAAUCCAGGGGGCCAAUUUUUGGCACCAUCGCCGAUCGGUUUCUCCUGGGCUUCAAGAGUACAUUGAGGCUUUGAGCUUUGCUCAUUACCUGGAACAUGGCACCUUGAUCACUUUCGCUGGGGUGCAGGCCACCUUGGCCGACGCAUCAGGCGUACCUUACUUUCCUUUACCCAAAGAAGAUUACUUGCUAGAUUUUGAUCGGUUUACGCCACACAUAUAUGAGCUAUCCAAGAAGCAGCAUGUCACAGCACAGUCAUUAGAGAAAAUUGAAACCGGCAAGCUGCUCUCGUUUGCGUUGCUUCUAUUAUCGGCUGUUUACUCCAUCGUUGUUCGCGGAUCCGAGUUCGACCUCCCGCAGGAGGUAUUGGACGACAUCAUUGCACGUUCAAUGUCAACCGUGAACGACGGUAGUACCAGAAGCAAAGGAAAAGACGUUCACGAUCGUGCAAAUGAGGAUGAACUUGGGAUCUGA